UAUUUCUUUUACAUAUAUUAUCAACGCGCGGAAGGGUACACACCCCAACAAAACAGUCGCCGAACCAACACGAUGAAGCGGGAAUACCUUCCGCUGGACUCCUUACUAGCCUGGUUGAGGCUCAAUGGCAUCGUCACAAAUGGUGUUGCAGUUCAAAAACUAGGCCCGGCUGGGUCAGAGAUAGACAAGGGGAAUGCAAUCCUGGCAACGGCCGAUAACACCAACAAGGAUUCUGAUGAUCAACAGACCCUCCUCCAGAUCCCACGGGACUUGGUGUUAUCGUUAGAAUCAGUGCACGACUAUUCCAAAUCUGACCGUGACCUUCGUGAGGUACUAGAGGCAGUGGGAGAUUUCGGCAGGACACCGAGAGGCGCUAUUUUGAUUUUUCUGCUCCUUCAGAUCACACACAGCAACUCGCAAAAGCCGCAACGUGUAGGGGUAUCUAGUCCCUGGACCGAGUACAUCAAAUUUCUCCCGUCUUCAUUCUCUUUGCCCACUUUCUGGUCGGAAGAGGAACGGGAAUUGCUGAGAGGAACUUCUCUUGAGGCUGCGGUGGAUGCUAAAUGGAAUUCACUCCAAAGGGAAUAUGAGUUCAUCCAUCAAGCUACUGAAGAUAUAGCCUGGUGCCAGCAAUGCUGGUGGGCUGAAAGUCCGGACGGACUGACCUUCGAGGACUGGAGAUAUGUCGAUGCGGCUUAUCGAUCUCGCAUGUUGGAUCUGCCGGGCAGUGGGCACUCGAUGGUUCCGUGUGUUGAUAUGGUUAAUCACGUUGCCGGUGCAGCAGUGACGGCCCAAUAUGACGCGGAUUUCGAUGGAAAUGCAAUUCUGAAGUUGCGUGAUGGCAAAAGUUUGCAGAAAGGGGACGAGGUGACUAUCUCAUAUGGCGAUAAGAAGCCUGCAUCGGAGAUGAUCUUCUCCUACGGAUUCCUAGACAAUGAUAUGGCAGAAACGACUCAAAUCAUAUUGGACAUGAAUUUCCCCGAGGAUGAUCCUCUUGGUAUGGCUAAGAAAAUGAUCUGCAAAGACACUCCUGGAAUCCGGGUUUCGGCCCCUCAGAAUCCAGCUACAACUGAUCUGACAUCAUCAAAUGAGGCCGGGAAAAUCAUUUGGGACAGCCCACUGAUCUGGUGGUCUAGCGUGAAUGAAGAAGAUGGACUUAAAAUCGGCAUUGCACAAACCACAGAUGGAGGAAGGGAACUAGAGGCACACUGGAAGGGCGAAAGAAUUCAAUCGCCCGAUCAGCUUCACCAUUUCAUCACAAUCGACCCUUUAGUGGAAAUUUUCCAACUCCGAGCUGUUGUUUUGGUGCUAGAGCGGCUGGAAGCACAAAUCUCGCUUCUAAGUGAAAUGACCCAGGUUUUGGACCAUCUUCGCGAAAACCAGACUGCUCUGGAUGGCAUGUUCAGGCCUGAUAUUUUCGAAAUGGUUUCUCGACUGCGGCAGCUUGAGGGGACUUUACUACAAAAGGCAGUUGAGGAGCUGACGCAACAGAAAAAUGAGUUGAUAAAGUCGGAGACCGUUGCCAGCUACCUUGAGCAGGUCCAAGCAGAGGAAGUUGAGGAUUUUUCAUGA